GCCGCCAUGCAGGCUGCGCCGCGCCUCGCCUUCGGGGUCAUAGCUGACAUCCAGUUCGCCGACGCGGAGGACGGGUACGACUUCUGCGGCUGCCGGCGGCGCUACUACCGGCACAGCCUGCGCUUGCUGCGGGAGGCGGUGUGGGAGUGGGCAGCCGAGAGCCCGCCGAUAAACUUCGUGCUGCAACUGGGCGACAGCAUCGACGGGCAGAACGCCCGGCGCGGCGAGGCCGAGAGCGCCUUGCAGCAGGUGCUGGACGUGCUGGGGCAGCUCUCGGUGCCCGUGCACCACGCGUGGGGCAACCACGAGCUCUACAACUUCAGCCGGGCGCGGUUGGUGCACACCGGACUGUACAGCCGGCCCGCGGGGGGCUCGGACGGGCCCGCGGACAGGGAGUGCCACGCGUAUCACUGCAGCCUGGCCCCGCGGCUCCGCCUCGUCGUGCUCGACAGCUACGACACCAGCACCCUGGGCAGGGACCCCGGCAGCCCCCGCUACCAGGAGUCCCUGCGGGUGCUGCGGGAGAAGAACACCAACGAUGAUCUCAACAACCCCGAAGGCCUCAAAGAACCUCAUUUUGUAGCAUUUAAUGGAGGAUUUAGCCAAGCCCAGCUGGACUGGUUUGAUGAAGUCCUCAAGUUCUCUGAUGAAAACCAAGAAAAAGUUAUAGUUAUGGCUCACGUGCCCAUCCAUCCCUGUGCUUCCAAUGGGGUUUGCCUGGCCUGGAAUUACGAGGCUGCCCUGUCAGUGAUACACACACACAGGUGUGUGGUCUGUGUGCUCGCAGGGCACCUGCAUGAUGGCGCCUACUGCCAGGACCUGCACGGAGUUCAUCACCUCACCCUGGAGGGGCUCAUCGAGACCCCCCCCGACAGCAACGCCUUUGCAACUGUUCAUGUCUAUGAAGAUAAAAUGGUGCUGAAGGGAAGGGGCAGAAUUCCCGACAGACUUAUGCACUUCUGAAAUACCAGGCAAAGACACUGUUCUUCUGCAGGAAGGACUUGGA